CAGGUUAUAAAAGGGCUCAGGCCGCCCCCGCCGCACCCAUUUGCUGCUCAAGAUGCAGCGCAGCGGUGGCAAUGGGCAAGCGGCGGCGGAGGCGGCCGAGUUGUUGCGGGCGCGCGCCCAGGGCCGCCGCUCGUCCACGCAAUGGCUCAUGAGUCAGACGGGCGGCUCCGACCUGGUCACGAGUCUGGCGGUGCUGCGCGGCGGUGCCGACGACUCGUCUUCGGGGGCCUCGUCGGGGGCCGCCACCCCCACGAGGCACGCCGCCAAGGCGAACGAGGCAAACCAGCGCUUCUUCAAGCUGCUCGCCCGCUUUAUCAGUGCCCGAGACCAAGACCAGAAUAAAAAUGUUGAAGACGUCCUGUUUGAUAUGUUCAAAAAUGAAGACACAGAUCUGCUUCCCGUUGGAAAAUUUCUCGCAGCUUUGCGGUCCACCGGUCUGAGAAGAAAUGACCCGAGACUGGCGGAGAUGACCGACAAUUUGCGCAAAGUGCACAAAGAGUCGGGAUACGAAGGAGGGUCCCCCGAGACACAAAAGCUGAACAGGGAUACAUUCAAAACAGUAAUUGCCCCGAAUAUUGUGCUGAUCUCACGAGCGUUCCGUCACCAGUUUGUGAUUCCCGACUUCCAAGGCUUCUGCAAGUAUAUCGAGGAGUUUUACUGGCGCUGCAAGAACAACACCGAAGGAAAGGUUGCCGGUUACAUUCCUCAAUUGGCGCGCAUGAAUCCCGAUUACUGGGGCGUUUCGGUGGUCACCAUCGACGGCCAGCGCUUUUCCAUCGGUGACACCAGCGUUCCCUUCACCCUGCAGUCUUGCAGCAAACCUCUGACGUACGCAAUAGCCUUGGAUCAGUUAGGCGCGGAUUUGGUGCACAAAUACAUUGGGCAAGAACCAUCUGGACGGAAUUUCAACGAGCUUGUCCUCGACUAUAAUAAAAAACCUCACAAUCCCAUGAUUAACGCUGGUGCCAUCCUCUGCUGCUCGCUUCUGAAAACGCUUAUCAGACACGAGAUGACUCUUGCUGAGAAGUUUGAUUUUACUAUGAAUUAUUUUAAAAGAUUGGCCGGUGGCGAGACGAUAGGUUUCAACAACGCUGUGUUCCUCUCGGAGCGCGAGGCUGCGGACAGGAAUUAUGCCCUGGGAUUUUACAUGCGCGAGAACAAGUGUUUCCCCGACAAAGCCAAUCUCAGGGAGUGCAUGGACUUCUAUUUCCAGUGCUGUUCAAUGGAGGCAAACUGCGAGUCAAUGUCCAUGAUGGCAGCUACCCUGGCCAACGGAGGCAUCUGCCCGACCACCGAGGAAAAGGUGCUCAAGCCGGAUAGCGUGCGCGACGUGCUCUCCUUGAUGCACUCAUGCGGCAUGUACGAUUACUCGGGUCAAUUCGCGUUCAAAGUAGGUCUGCCUGCCAAGUCGGGAGUUUGCGGUGCCCUUCUGCUCGUUGUGCCCAACGUCAUGGGCCUGUGCAUCUGGUCGCCGCCGCUCGACUCGCUCGGAAAUAGCUGCCGAGGUGUGCAGUUUUGCGAGGAACUAGUUGAGGAGUUCAAUUUCCAUCGGUACGACAACCUGAAGCACGCCACUAACAAAAAGGACCCUCGCAGACACAAGUUUGAAACCAAGGGUCUGAGCAUCGUCAAUUUGCUGUUCUCGGCAGCCAGUGGAGACGUCACAGCAAUGCGAAGGCAUCGACUCUCGGGCAUGGACAUGACUUUGUCCGAUUACGAUGGGCGCACAGCUUUGCAUUUAGCAGCUGCCGAGGGUCAUCUUGAGUGUGUCAAGUUCCUUAUCGACCAGUGCAGCGUUCCAUGCGACCCCAAAGACAGGUGGGGCCGAACUCCUGCCGAAGAAGCGGAGACGUUCAACCACAAGCAAAUUGUCGAAUUCCUGCAGAGCAAGAUUAAGAAGAAGGUCGAAGAUGAGUCGAACGAGUCUGCCGGGGAUGAGACUCCGCCUCGGCCGGAGACACCGACACCUUGAUUCAGCAUAUCCCCCUCCGACAAAUCCGUCUAGGCCACCGACGCGACGCACCAAGCGACCAUGCAUUCCGGGGUGGAGAGGAGACGGUGUGCAUGUCAAUUUCUGUCUGUCUGUUGAUCUGGUUGUAGGGGCGAGCACACACGCAGAUCUGUUACCCUUGCUCUCACCCCUGCCCCUUGUUAAUAAAUUACUGUUAGACGUAGUAGAAGAAACGAGAUAACUAAUAAUCGAAAUCUCCUGGUUCACUGUCAGAGACAAGAAUGAGACAAUAAUUACUCUUUAAAAACAUACCUCUGAGUAUUCAAAGCAAAUGUGAUCAAUUAUUAAGGUCUAAUUGAUGAACUAAAUCUGAUUAUGUUGUGCUAAUUGUGCCAGUUCCAGACAAAUAAAAAAGCUGUUGAAAAUAUCAAA